AUGCCCACGAUCUGUCUCCAUCCUCGCCCUGCAGCACCUGUAGCAAUAACAGCUACAACUGCCUCACAAUCCAUCAACAACCCCCUUCCACAACUCCUACAAACCCCAUCAGGCCUUGCCAUCCUCGAACUUCAAGGCACAAUAAACGUGCCCUCACUAGGCAAUGGAAACGACUAUGAAAUAGACUCCUACCCAGGAGAGUCUCAGGGUGCUAAUUGCUUUGAAACUCCGAUCGGAAAACUCAUAUUCCCCGACUACUCGCCCCAGAACCCGGAUGAUACCAAGUGGAUGAAACGGGUAUAUUUUUACAUUGGGCGGUACCAACGUAUGACUGGUGAAGUAAAGAAACUUCCGCGACCUAUUGCUGUUAUUCAGAAGCGCCCUUCGACGGAAGUGGAGGAAUUGGAGAUCGUCGAAAUCGUGCGGUAUAAGGUGUUUUUCAAGAAUCGACCAGAGCCUGUCAACGAUGUGUGA